AUGCCAUGCGCAUCGAAUUUGUUUAUUUUCGCACUUUUUGCUCUAUUUGAUUCUCUCGUUGAUGCGCUGUCUUCUCUAGAACUCAAGUCCUUCACCUCCACCAAGGAGGAUGCCGACAAGAAAGAAUUGGACACCGCUUUGCAUGCGACAAAAAAGGCCAUGAUACCCAAGCGAGCUGUCACGACACCAGAGAGGCGACCGCGUGCUGUACCGUGGGGAGCGGCGCCGUGCAACAGCAGGAGCAGCAGCAGGAACAGCAGCAGGGGCAGCAGCAGGAGGGGAAGCUGCGGCAGCUACUGCAGCUGCAGCGCGAGCUGCUCAUCUGAGCACUCAGGAGCGAGGAGGCUCGAUAGAAAAGCCACAACUCCACAUGACCGAUUGUUUAUUGCUGCUGCUGCGCAGCACGCUGCGGCUACAGCCUCAUCUAUUCCGUGCUCUCCAGCAGCAAACGAAGACGAAUUCAGCAGCUGCAGCAGCGGCUUGAGCGAGAGCAGCGAGGACGAUAGCAACAGCAAAAGCGUCCCCAGCAUACAUAGCAGGAGCAGAGGCAGCAGAAGCAGCAGCAGCAGCAACAGCUCCAACAGCAAGCGCGCAGAAAGCCCAGAAGAGAGGCAGUUCUCCGCCCCUGCGAGUGUUGCAGCAAGCACAGCACCUUCUGCAGCUCUUUGUGUUGAGAGUGCACAAGGGCCACCAGCUGCUGCUUCUUCUGCUGCUGGCUCCCCCAUCUGGCUGCAAGGAAAGCUGAAGGCGACCAGCAGCAGCAGCAGCAGCAGCAGCAGCAGCAGCAGCAGCAGCAGCAGCAGCAGCAACACCCACGUAGCGGAGCCCCUUGCUGCGGGCAAGCUGCUUGGUGGGCUUGAGUGUGAAGCAGCAACACCACCACCAACACCACCAACACCAGCAACAGCAACACUGGUUGCAGCAGCAGAAGACUCAGCGGCAGCAGGAGAAGCUGCUGAGGGUCCUGCUGCAGUGGGUGCUGCCGCAGAAACACCUGAAACAACUGCUGCAGCAACAUCCGCUGCAGCAGCAACAGCAGCUGCAGAGACAGCAGCUGCAGCAACAGCAGCUGCAGCAACAGCAGCUGCAGCAACAGCAACUGCAGCAGCAGCAGAUACUUGUGCUGCAGGGAGUGCUGGGGGCAGCGCCGCGCCUUCAGCCCCCUGCAGUUUGCUGCUGGGCUCAACUUGUUUGGAUUCGUCAGAGGCGGAGAAGAACGCAAUGCCCCUUCUCAGCAGCAGCAGCGACAGCCCAAGCAACACAACCCAGCAGCAGCAGCAGCAGCAGCAGCAGCAGCAGCAGCAGCAGCUACACCUCCCGGCGACGGAAUCCUCUGCUGCAGCAGUGGCUGCGAAUCCAGAGGGCGCUGGAGCUGAAGAAGAAGAAGCAGGCGAGCCAAGUGAAGCCGCAGCAGCAGCAGCACCAGCAGCAGCAGCAGCAGAAGCAGAACUCGCAACAGCCGCAUCAGCAUCAGUAGCAGCAGCAACGGCAGCAGCAGCAGCAGCACCGAUGGAUCGGCCUGCAGCUGCUGCUGCUGCUGGUGCUGCUGCUCCUGCUGCAAUGGGUGCAGAGGCCCCGCCCAGCGCCUCACGUUUGUUGAGUAUGUCUAGCGACGCGUUGCAGCUGCGCAGCAGCGUUCCCCAUCAGCCGGAUGCACAUCCCCUCACAACUACCAGCAGCAGCAGCAGCAGCAGCAGCAGCAAUGCUUGUUCUUCUCGGCUGUAUCGAUGGCAUGUAGGGGGCUACGCUGUAUGGACAGUGGGGGGCGCGCGUAUGGGGGCCCCCGGCGGCGUCUCCCGCGGGGGCGGUACCCACUGCGAGAUGAUGCAGGAGCUGAGAAAGCAGGCGGAUCUGAAGGCUUCAGUAGACAAGGCUGUGCUGCUGUUUAAUAAAGAGGGGCUGCAUGCGGCGCUGCAGCUGCUGGGCGAACGAAAGCUUAUAGAAGCACAAGACCCAGCUGCUGUCGCUCGGUUCCUUUAUGAUACGCCAGGACUAGAUAAGAAAAAGGUCGGCGAGGUUCUGGGGGACUGCAGUUCUUUUUCGAUAUUAGUGCUUCAAUCAUUUGCAUCUUUAUGUGAUUACCGUGGUUUAUCUAUAGACGAAGCAUUGCGUCAGUUUCUUUCUCGUUUUCAGCCCCCAGGAGAGGCGCAGCAGGUGUACCGUCUGCUGUAUAGAUUCGCUGGGCUGCUCGAUAUCACAGACACAGAUCGAGUGUACAGCCGGCUGGUGAACGACCCGCGGGCUCUGCGGCAUUUACCUGCUUCUCUUUCGCGGCCUUCAGAAAGCACUCAGUCUCCAUCUCUUCAUCAUCAGCAGAUGCAUCAUCAUCGCGUAGGUAGCUGCAGAAGAGCUACUGCAACAGGUGCUACAUCUGCUGCAGCAGCAGCAGCAGCAGCAGCAGCAGGGGGCAUCGUAGACCCUCUUGGUGAUGAUGAUGAUGAUGAAGAUGGCAUAGGCAGCAGCAGCGGAGAAAUGCGCAGCACAAAAGCAGCAGCACAGCUGCAGAGAGACUGCUACAGCAGCAUGGGGGGAUUAGGGAGGCAACAGCAGCAGCAGCAGCAGCAUCAGCAGCAGCAAUAUGCGAACUACCAUAAUCAUCAGCAGCAGCAACAGCAGCAGCAGCAACAAGGCAGCAGUUUAUCUGCUUUGAUGCAGCAAACAAGUCUGGAUACCUGCCCAUACACCCCACGGCUCCUCCUCACCUACACCCACCAGCAGCAACCACUCAAACACCCAGCAACCAGCUGUACAUACACCCCAAUAUCAGCUACAAAGUAA